AAAUCUGAAUGAAUCAUUUGAGACACAUGCCCUCUCUUGUCCUUACAGAGCCACCGUCUCCCCUCCACUGCUCUGUCACCGUCUCUCCUCCACUGCUCCGCCACUGCUCCGCCACCGUCUCCUCCACUGCUCCGCCACUGCUCCGCCACCGUCUCCUCCACUGCUCCGCCACAGCGCCACCAUCUCUUCCUCUUCUCCUCCACAUCACGGUCGUCUCCUCCUCCUCUGCUCCUCCACAGAGCCGCCUCCUCCUCUGCUCCUCCACAGCGCCGCCUCCUCCUCCGCUCCUCAACACGGCCGACCUCCUCCACACUGCCACCGUCCUUCACGUUUGCAGCAUCAUAUAGUAACCGAAACACUAUUUGUUUUACAAGAAACGGAAACGUAAUGGCUGCCUGGUGACGACUUAGCUUAGCUAUAGCAGGGGAGUUACAAAAUAAAAGAGAAAAAAGAUGAUUUUCUCCAGGAUUGUUGGCAGCUUCCAUCGGCACCACAAGUCUUUAAUUGCCACUGGUGGCAGGAAAUACCUAAACGGUUUAGGGAUCAAGUGUAACUUUUCAGGAGUGAUAUCAGAAGAAGAGUCAGAACUGAAAGAAUUCAAUGAUUAUCUGAAUAAUCUGAAGAACCACGAGAAAUCUGGUGUUCCAAAAGGUGCUGGAACUGACUCUGAUGAUGGUUUUGAUCUUGGAAGGAUGAAGCGGCUGAUGCAAUCCCUUGGAAACCCUCAAUCUAAAUAUAAGGUCAUUCACGUUGCUGGGACCAAAGGAAAAGGUUCAACUGCUGCAUUUGUGUCCAAUAUUUUACGUGCUGAAGGGUACUCUGUUGGUUGCUACACAAGUCCACAUAUUAAGACCAUAAGGGAACGCAUAACAGUUGGAAAACUAGGUAAUCCGGUAUCAGCAAAGGCAGUAAAUUCCUUGUUCCAAAGGAUAAAAGUUGUUCUUGAUCAAGCCGUGCAACUUGAACAUGGGCAUCUUAGUCAUUUUGAGGUACUCACUGCUGUGGCGUUUAAUCUAUUUGCUGAAGAGAAUGUUCACAUCGCAGUAAUCGAGGCUGGAUUAGGUGGUGCUCGUGAUGCGACAAAUAUAAUCUCUAGUUCGGAUCUUGCAGCUUCUGUUAUAACAACUAUUAGUGAAGAACAUUUAGCUGCACUAGGGGGAUCCUUGGAAAGUAUUGCAGUUGCAAAGUCAGGCAUCAUAAAACAUGGCUGCCCAGUGGUUCUAGGCGGGCCCUAUCUUCCACACAUCGAGCUCAUUCUUCGCAAUAAAGCAUCUUCAAUGUGUUCUCCAGUAAUUUCUGCAUCUGAUUUUGGAAAUAAAAGUAUCAUUAAGGGCUUUAGCAAUGUCUCAGGCAUUCCGUUCCAAUUAUCUGAUAUUAUACUUGACAUUGUGAAAGACUUUCAACUGUCUAUUGAGCUCUGUGAUGUAAAAUUGCGUUUGCUGGGACUGCACCAACUUCAAAAUGCUGCAACCGCCACAUGUGCAGCACUCUGCCUUCGUCAUCAAGGAUGGAGAAUAUCAGAUGAAUCCAUUCGUACCGGUCUAGAAAGUACACAACUGCUGGGAAGAAGUCAAUUUUUAACUUCAGUAGAAGCUGAGUCAUUAGGACUACCUGGUGCUACAAUACUGCUAGAUGGAGCUCAUACCAAAGAAUCUGCCAAGGCUUUGGCUGACAUGAUUCAGCUAACGUAUCCAGAUGCAAAACUAGUUUUUGUGGUUGCUAUGGCAAGUGACAAAGACCAUCAAGCAUUUGCAAGAGAAUUACUUGCAGUGAAGCAAGUGAAUGCUAUAUUCUUGACAGAAGUUAGCAUUGCUGGAGACCAGUUCAGGACGGCUUCUUUGUCCUUGUUAAGAGACCGUUGGAUCCAAGCUUCUAACGAGUUGGGUGUUACAUUUUCUAAGUAUGGAGUUGAAGAAUAUAACGAGUUGCUCAAAAAACAAUCAGGUCAAUCUGCUGACCAAACUACUUUACUUUUCAGUAGUCAUCAAGUGUUGGAGUCGAUGAGGAUUGGGGGCAAAAUACUUGAAUCAAAUGGCACUGACCGACCUGGUCUUAUUGUGGUUACGGGAUCGUUGCAUGCUGUUUCUUCGGUGUUAUGCGCCAUCUAAUCUUAUGUUCGAAACUUGAAAAAUUUAUGUGUUCUUUUUGAAAUUUGUUCCUUCUUACUGCAUGCAAGUUCAUGGACAUUCUGUUUUUUUUUUU